AUGUCCGGCAUCUCCAAGGAAGACCUCGGCGCCGUGUUCGCCCAGAUCGAGACCCUCGUCAAGGCGAACGGCCUCUCGGGCCCCCAGUACUUCCUCCUCGGUAUCGAGCUCCGCGACGGGCUCCUCCAGCUCGGCGCGCGCCUCUUCCCCGAGCUCACCCCCGAGAAAAUCCAGGCGCUCGCUGCCGCCGGUGCUGCGGGUGUCCCGCCCCCGGCUGCUGCUGCUGCUGCUGCUCCUGCCCCGCGUGCCUCGGCGCCGCAGUUCAUCCCCCCGUCCUUUGAGAUCCCGAGGAACCAGCUCUAA